AUGGCCAACAAUCCGAACCAGAAUCCCAACCCCAACCCGGGGCUCAACCGACGUCUGCCUGUCGCAAGACUUGCUGCCUACCCGGCGAAUCAACAAGUCCAGACUGCACCUCAGGGAGCGGCCGAGCGACAGCAUCGGCUGGAGGCUCUCCGGCGCCAGCUCCGGUAUCCGCAUGCGCUGGCGGACUCGACAUUGCGAUGGCACCUCAACCGCACCAACUGGAAUGUCAACCUCGCGGCGCGGUCGUUCUGGGAGGACCAAAACAACCCCAACCCCAAUCUCAAUUCACAGCAGCGGGCACCGCGCAACGGCGUGCGACAAGCCGUCACGGUUGGGCGGGAGCGUCGCAACAUGGUCCACGACCGACUGGUGGCAGAGAGGGCCCGGACCGGGGCGUUGCCAAUGACAUACGCCGAAAUGGCCCUGAUGCACAACGACAACCAAUGGGGCUCCGACGAGGUGGCCACGGACCUUGUUCGGCGCCGCGGAAACUACCAUGACUUGCGAGAGCGGGUCCAGGGGUAUCGCCUGCCAGACCUCCGGACCGACAUGCGCGAUGAGCGGCUGGCGUUGCUGAUCUCCAUCACCUCCACCAGCAGCUGGUACUCGGCGCGCGUGCUCCUGGAGCGACACAGGUGGGAUCUGGCGGCCGCCAUUGACGAGUGGAUGCGACUGGGGGAAGUGCCGGCGGCGACCGUGCCGAAGAAGAGGAAGCGGAAUGGCCAGCACGUGCCCCGAUACGACGACGGCGGAGAGCGGGUGGGGGAUCCCGACCGACCGCGGCGCGUGCUGGGGACCUGGUUCGACUUCAACACGCGGCCACUGCCGGCGAUGCAGGCGAGCAACUUCAUCGACCAGGCCAAGAGCAAGCCGCUAAGUGGGAGGUCGAAGACGAAGGCGAGCGUGGAGCGGACGACGGCCGGCCCGGGCAGCCAGCGACGAGUAGAGUCGCAGCGGGCGCCGGGCGGCACGCGCAUCGGGGUGCGGCGCGGCCAUAUCAUCGACGAGGUUCGAUACGAGCAGGCAUACGUCGGGGUGCCGGACGCGAGCAAGCUGCGGUUCGAGUACAUCCAGAGGGGCCUGUACCACACGCGACAGUACACGGGGUCGUUCCGGAUCGGGACGCGCAACGUGGCGUUUCGCUGGGACGACACGGACGACCCGCGACUGGCCAGCACGACGGUCGAGUUCGACUGGUACGACGCCAGCCACGUGUCGAAGCUGAACAAGUGGCGGGCCGACGCGUUCCGCAGCAUCACGGCCGAGGACCUGCGCGGCCACCUGGUCGAGUUCAACAAGUACGAGGACGCCUGGCUGGUCGAGCAGGAGGCCAUGCGCAACGAGGAGAAGUUCUACGAGGCCGCCAACCAGGAUCCCGCGCAGCAGGCCGUCUCCGACCCGGCCGCCUACAACCGCGCCGCCACUAACUGGGGCCCCAACCGCGCCCGCGCCCACUUCCCCGUCGGCAUGACCCAGGCCGAGCUGGCCCAGUUGACCCAGGCCUUCAACGCCCAGUUCGCCGGCCGCUCUGCCUUCGUCAAGCGCGUCGAGCGCUUCGGCCCCGAUCCGGAUUCCUUCCGCAUCAUCCGCACUGAUUACGUCGUCAAGGAUCUGUCGGCCGUCGGCGAGGUCCCGCGGCCUGCCCGCACAGACUUCGCCAUCAGUCAACAACGCCGGAGAAUCAAGACCCUGGCCAAGCAUUUCAUGCUGGGCGGACAAGCUGCCCAAGACGACGAGGAUUCCGAUUUCGAUUCGGAUUUCGACUGA